UUAUCAAAAUUUGCCCGUGCUAUUUGUUUUGGUUUAAAACAGGAAUAUUUAACUGAACAAAAAUAACUUCCGUUACAUAAUACAACAAUGUUUUAAUUAAAUUUCAAUAAAAAAAGCAGCUAUGAUGGAACAAAUCUACGCGCUUGGCGUCACCUGCAUAGAAUGUGUGCAAUACUGGCUCGCAGACUAUGACUCGUACUUUGAGCUCAUAAACCACAUGUGCGACCCUCAGCUGAUGGUAGACUACCUGUUCCCGAUCAUGUCUAUCCUAGACUCUGUGUUUGCUGCCCAGUUGCUCCUUUGUUUAGGGGUCGGAGGCUGGCUGAAUGCUCUUAUGAAAUGGUGGCUCCUAGAAGACCGACCAUACUGGUGGGUCCGAGAGACCACAUUCUACACAGACGAGAAACCAGUUCUGCGUCAGACACUGCAGACUUGUGAGACAGGUCCGGGCUCUCCGUCUGGCCAUUCUACUACGGCAGCCAUGAUGUUGAUACUGUCACUGAUGUGGCUGUCACAUGUUAUGCAUGAUAGAAAGUGCUACAUCUCGUGGUGGAAGUGCCUGAUGUACCCUCUGUGUGUGGCCGCGCUGAUCUCCGUAAUGCUAGCGCGCUUGUUUAUCGCCACCCACUUCCCGCACCAGUGUCUACUUGGAGCCCUAGUGGGUUCAUUCCUAGCGCCAGCUCUCUGCAUCUACGUGUCCGACCCGUUGAUCUGGCAGUACGGCGUGGCCUCGCCCCGCGCGGCGUGGCGCGCGGGGGGGGCCGCGGCCGCCGCGCUCGCAGCCGUCGCCACGUACUGCAGUCUGCGAGCCGCAGGCACAGACCCGCACUAUACUGUGCAACUGGCCUUCCGUUGGUGCGAAAACCCUGAAUCGAUCCGCGUAUCCACAACGCCUAUGUACGCGCUGGUGCACUCUACUGGCAGUCUCAUGGGAUGGGCGCUGUGCGUCACCCCUGCUGUAGCUGAGUACCGCCACUACACCAAAGAACGUUCACUCCUAAUAUCUAUAUUCACAACAAUAUUAUUUCUCAUGGGUUACCAACAUAUACAAGAUAAUAUGUGCAAAGCGGAUGCAACCCGGUUUUAUAUAGUGCAGUACGUUUUAGCUGGACUCAAACCUAUGUUGUUACUUCGAGUCAUGCCAACUAUUUCUAUGUGGCCUUUCAGAACUAAGACUAAAGCUGACUAAGUUUAGUCAAAAAGUUGACUAACUGCAGUCAAAAAGUUUAAUUAAAAACAAAGUAAAUUUUUAGUAUCAGAGGCCUUUGUUAAGAUAGUUUGAUGUCAUCAUCAUAAGCCUUUUUAUUGUUACACUCCUGUGUAAACUAUGCUUCUUUUCAAGUCCGGGUUUUUUAAAUGUUUUUUCUUCACCGCUGCACCGCUUUCGCUAUUAUGUAGAUUUUCAAUUCAUGACUUUGGUUUUUACUGUGUUUUGACAUGACUUUGACUGUAAAAUGAUAUUACAUUGACUAGUCCAUGACAAGAAUUUGAC